ACAACUGUGAUGCCGUGAAGUGUGGGCCUGGCGGCAACUGCGAGAGGGAUGCAAACGGAGAUCCAUCCUGUAGUUGCAGCGCUGGCUUCACGUCGUCUUCUGACAAGCUCUCUUGCACUGACAACUGUGAUGCCGUGAAGUGUGGGCCUGGCGGCAACUGCGAGAGGGAUGCGAACGGAGAUCCAUCCUGUAGUUGCAGCGCUGGCUUCACGCCAUCUUCUGACAAGCUCUCUUGCAUUGACAACUGUGAUGCCGUGAAAUGUGGGCCUGGCGGCAACUGCACGAGGGAUGCGAACGGAGAUCCAUCCUGUAGUUGCAGCGCUGGCUUCACGCCGUCUUCUGACAAGCUCUCUUGCAUUGACAAUUGUGAUGCCGUGAAGUGUGGGUCUGGCGGCAACUGCGAGAGGGAUGCGAACGGAGAUCCAUAUUGUAGUUGCAGCGCUGGCUUCACGCUGUCUUCUGACAAGCUCUCUUGCAUUGACAACUGUGAUGCCGUGAAUUGUGGGCCUGGCGGCAAUUGCGAGAGGGAUGCGAACGGAGAUCCAUUCUGUAGUUGCAGCGCUGGCUUCACGCCGUCUUCUGACAAGCUCUCUUGCAUUGACAACUGUGAUGCGGUGAAGUGUGGGCCUGGCGGCAACUGCACGAGGGAUGCGAACGGAGAUCCAUCCUGUAUUUGCAGCGCUGGCUUUAUGCCGUCUUCUGACAAGCUCUCUUGCAUUG